GGGAUCAGGACGGCGAUGAACACAGCUCACCGAGCAGCCAGGACGACGUACAGGCCCGAGUCACACCCCACACAGCAUGACUGAAACGGCGCAGACGCUGGCCGUAUUUAAAUAACUAUAUGCAAAUAUAGAAGAAGGAAGUUAUGGUCAGAGCACAGGAUCAACCAUAAUACAGUGGCCUGCUGUUAAGCACCUGACAGGGGCAGCGUGAUGGCGCUGAUGAUUUGAACCCCUGACCAACUGAUCAGUAACCCAGAGUCACUGAAGUAGACCGCUUGAGGAACCCGCCACUGCACUGUCUCCAGAUGAGGGACUGCUGACCAGUUUCAUCCUGAAAAGAUUCAAGAGUUGAGCAGUGCAGUUACCUUCAGAUUGGAAACAUCUAGACAUGGCCACAGACGGACCUUUCCUUUGCUUCUUGGCUGAGGGAGCUGAGAAUUGAAAGAACUGAAGAAAGGGGUUGGUUUCAGCUAGCGUAUUAUACCAGCUUUCAGUUCCAGCUUCUAGUUAAGCAUGGUGACUAACCAUGCAUGGUCAGCAGUGGACACUAACAUCACUCAGAUGUUUGUGUUAGUGCAUUCCAGAUAACUUUGCAAGCACCGUGGUGGAUAGAAGUGUGCAGUAUAGUGAGGGAGAGCCACUCCACCAUGCUGCAUAUUUCACUGACAAUGGACAAGAGGAACAACUCCAAGCAUCAGAAGAAGCAUUUGGUAAAGGACUAAAGGGUAAAUGCCAUAACGAGCAAAAGCAAAGUUCAUAGCUGUAUUAGUGAUCAAAGCUGGAGUGAUUUGAGAAAGACAGAAGAGGACGAGGAAGGAACUUGAUCUACAGGGUUUCAUCUAUACAGUGUAACGAUGCACAAGUCCUGAAAAAAAUAGUGCUUUAUAUGGUGCUUUUAACAACAGUCAAUGUUACAAAACAGCUUUAAUGGAAAUGUGUAUGGAUUAAAAUGACCAGAUAGUUCCUGAUGUGCAAGCCGAGGGCGACGGUGCUGAGGGAAAAGCUCCCUGAGAUGGUAAUAGGAAGAAACCCUGAGAGGAACCAGACUUAACAGGGAACCCAUCCUCAUCUGGGUGAUAACGGAUAGCAGGGAUUGAUCUGCACUCAUACUGUGUGUUAGGAGGCUGGAAGUUCAGUAUAACAGUAGAUGUGGAGAAGUUCAUAUGGAGUCCAGUUCGUUAGUAAAGGCUCGGGUACCAAGCUAUAGGAAACUCAAGUCCUGAAUUAUUGAGCGACUGCAGUCACAAGUCCUCAGAGAACAGCUGUCUGCAUCAGCAGAGGCCAGGACCGUCUUAAAGUGUGGUAGAGUGUUCUUUAGAUUAGACAGGGAUGGUGUAGGUUCAGGUUUUUACUGAGAAAGGCUAAGUGAUUAGUUUAGCAGCUCAGAAAUGUGAGAUUAUGAUGAUGAUGAUGAGUCAUUAUUACUUCCGGGAUUUAAUAAUGUUCCACGAGGGGGCGAUGUGCAGCUGCAGCUCUGCCGUACACUGAUCAGAGGAACAGAAGAAGAAGACGAGCUGCAGCGGAGGAGGAGGAGCGCAUCUAUUUAAUCAUCGGCACAUCAAAGACUCCGGAUCGAGUUUUAAACCCGCUCCUCAGCCCUGCAGCCGGUUCUCCGGACCCUGGCGCCGUGUCCCCUGUGGUGAGGAGAUGCAGACGGAGAUGUGCAGCACGUCCCAUGGGAGAGCGUGGAGCUCGGUGGGACACGGCGCCCCCGCGGACCAGCAGAGACGCGGACAGGUGUGGAGGAAACCUCUGAAACAGGAGGAAACUCCUCACGAAGACGAGGACGAAGAUUUCUUCUACGGAGGCGCGUCGAGCUCAGCGGAGGACGGAACGGGAGCGGGAGGAGGAUUCCAGAUCCAUCUGAAAGAAAAACCCCAACGUGAUGAGUACCUGUAUUGUGAAGAUUGCAGAUCUUUCUUCAUCAGCAAGUGCGAUGUUCAUGGUCCGGCUCUCUUCAUCCCUGACGUUGCGGUUCCACUAGGGGUCACUGACCGAGCCAGACAAACCCUUCCUCCAGGGCUGGAGAUUCGGAAGUCCGGUAUUCUCGACGCGGGCCUGGGAGUGUUUAACAACAGCGACACUAUUCCAGCGGGUGUGCACUUCGGGCCGUACCAGGGAGACACUGUGGACCGAGAGAAAGCCAUGAACAGCGCCUACUCCUGGGUGAUUUAUGAAGGCAAGCAGCCUGAAAAAUACAUAGAUGCCACGUCUGAGGUUCAAUCCAACUGGAUGAGGUAUGUCAGUUGCUCUCGUAAUGAUAAAGAGCAUAACCUGGUGGCGUUUCAGUACCGAGGUGGGAUCCUGUACCGCACCUGUCGACCCAUCGCAACUGGGCAGGAGCUCUCUGUGUGGUACGAUGAGGAGUACGCUAAACGCGCCGGAAUCACGUUUGACUACAUGUGGAACAAAAAAUGCUCCGGGAAUAACACAGAAAACAACCUGACACAAGUCUUCACCUGCUCCUUGUGUCCGCUUUCCUACACAGUCCAAAUUUACCUCCAUAAACACAUCAAGAGAUGCCACAAUGAGGAAUAUGUGAAACUGUUUAGAUCUGGUGAGAUUCGUUCCCCUUCUGCUGAGAGCUCUCAGAAACAUCUGCAGAGAAGCAAUCACCACUGCACGUCCUGUGGAGCGGGAAUCACUUUCCAGAGCAGCCCCCAACAGCAUCAGCACCUCCACGCAGGUGAGAGGCUGUACCUGUGCUCGCUGUGUGGGAAGAGUUUUACCCUACAGAGUAGUCUCCAGCUGCAUCUGCGCAUUCACACCGGAGAAAAACUGUUCGAGUGCUCAAGGUGUCUAGAAAGCUUCAACGAUCAGAUUGAUCUCCAGACACACCAGCGCAUUCACAGAGGAGGCAAGUCGUACGAGUGCUCGCACUGCGGGAAGAGUUUUAGUGAGAAAGGAGCACUUCAAAGGCACGAGCAUGUUCAUACAGGCGAGAAGCCGUAUCACUGCUCGGAAUGUGGGCGGAGUUUUACUCAACAGUGUAACCUGCAGAAACACCAGCGGAUUCACACCGGAGAGAAACCGUAUCACUGUUCGCAUUGCGGAAAGAACUUUAGUGACCGGUGUAAUCUCCAAAUACACCAACGCAUUCACACUGGCGAGAAACCGUAUCACUGCGUGCAUUGCGGGAAGAGUUUCAAUCAGCAGAGCAAUCUCCAAAAACACGAGCACAUUCACACGGGACAGAAGCCGUACCGCUGCUCUGAUUGUGGAAAGAGUUUCACUCAGCAAAGUAAUCUCCAAAAACACCGGCGCAUUCACACAGGAGAGAAACCGUUUCACUGCUCGCAUUGCGGAAAGAGUUUUAAUCAACAGAGUAAUCUCCAAAAACACAAGCGCGUUCACACAGGAGAAAAACCGUAUCACUGCUCGCACUGUGGAAAGAGUUUUAGUGACCGCUGUAAUCUCCAAACACACCAGCGCACAACUCAUAGAUAACCUGAUGAGUGUUUCUGGACAAACUUUGUUUUUUCUGUAUGUUUUUGUAAAGUUUUGUAAGGAAGGAUUGAGGGCUCCUGUUCACUUACCAUAGAAUUGUAGGCAAUUGGUCACAAAAGGGUCAGUACCUCUUGAUCACACUCUAAGAUCACAGCCCCUCCGUUUCUCUAGGAUUGCAGUUGCUCAGUCUUUCAAAGGUUGGAACCUGACAAUCCCUCUGGGAUCACAACCACAAGGUCACUCUAGGAUUGUGUGAUAAAUACAUUUAUCUAGAAUCUCAGCCCCUAACUUACUUUAUGGUUGUUGUUCUAAUCUUAUGGAUUACUGGUCACUUUAGGAUCAUAGCCCCUCAGUUUUUCAAGGGUUGCAACCUCACAGUCACUCUAGGAUCAUAACCUCAUAGUUACUCUAGGUUUGCAGCCCUUCAGUCACUCUAGGAUCGCAAGCCUUGGUUACUCCAGUCAAUUUAGGACAGGGCUCUUUAACUCCUAUCCUGGAGGGUCCAUUGCAGUUUUUUAAUUUGUAACACGUAAACACCCGCACUGAACCGAAAUGAACAGAUUAGUUCAAUCAGUUGAGUAGUGUGGAGUCCUCUACACCUUCACUCACUAUAGUAUUGCUACCUCUUGGCCACUUCAGGGUCACAGGCAGCUUGAUCACACCAGGAUUGCAGUCCAUCAGUCACUUUGAGACCACAGCCUUUCGGUCUCUCAAAGACCCGAGCCCCUCCAUCAUCACUUAAGGAUCAUGGCCCUGUGGUUAGCUCAUGAUUGUGGCCCCUUGGUCACUCUAAGAUGACAGUCCUUCCUUAGUCACUCUAGGAUCAGAACUCAUCCUUUGUCACUCUAGGACUUUUGCUCAUGAGUUUUGGUCACUCUAGGUUUGCAGCCCCUCAAUCAUAAUGGAUCUCAGCCCCAUGAAAUGUUAGGAUUGCAAGCCCUCAGUCAUAAUAAGACCACAGCCCUUCAGUCACUCUAGGAUUGUGGCUUCUCACUUCCUUUAAGAUUGCAGCUCCUUAAUCUGUUGAUCAUAGUUCCUCAGUCACACAAAGACCAUGGCCAUUCACUCAUUCUAGACUCUAGAAUUGCAGCUGCUCAGUCACUCCAGGAGCCCUUAAUUUCUCCAGGAUCCAGAAUGGCCCCCUGGUCACCCUAGGAUUACGGCCCCUCACUCACGCUAUGAUCAUGGGCCCCUUGGUCAUGCUAGGAUUGCAGCCCCUCAGUGAUUGUUCCAUAGCAGCCCCUUCAGUCAUUUUAAGAUCACAGCUCCCAGUCUCUUGGGGAUUACAACACUUUUGUCACUUUAGGAUCACAACCUUUUGGUCGCCAUAUUAUAGUAACCUUCAGUCCUAAGUCUUAACCCCUUAUCUCAAUAAUAUCACAUCUUCCAGUGUCUUUAGGAUCAUAGCCUUUAAAUUAUUCUAUCGCCUCAGCCCCUCCUCAGUCACUCCAUGAUUUUUGCCCUGUCUUGUUCACUUUUGGCUCAUGGCCUUUGAAACACUAGGAUUGUAGCCCCUUGUUAAGUGUAAGCUUUUCACUCUCUUGAGGAUUGCGGACCUUCAGACACACUAACCCUUCAGUCAAACUAGGACUGCAGCUUUUUUGUCUCUUUAGCAUUAUACCCCCUCCUCAGUCACUCUAGAAUCGCAGCUCCUUGAUAGGAUCAAAUCCCCUUAGUCACUCAUAAGGUUUCUGGUUUUAGUAUCCAUGCCUAAAAAAUCAGGCUCUGUAACCUACUAAUAGCACUUAUAUUUUGAAGAACCCAUAAGGAAACAACUAGUUUUCCUUGGUGACUGGGAAUAAUAUUUCUUGUAAUAUCUUAAACACCCUAAACAUGGCUUCCCAGACUUUAUAUUUUGUAGAAUAUAUAAUUUAUAAUGGAGUAAAAUGCGAUUUUAGGAUACGGCCAAAAUACUUUACAGAUUUUAGAGGAAAGUUUUAGAUCAUAAGUAAGACAAGACAAGAUAUGCAGCAACAACACGAUCUGAACUGACCUGGAACGUUCAGAAGAGAAU